UCGCUCCCCCCUAAGCCGCCGCCACCUCCCCGAGCCGCCGCCGCCGCAGCAGCCCUAGCGCGCCGUCGCCGUCGCCUCCGCUGCGAUCCCCGCAACCAUGGCUGCCGUGCUGCAGCGCCCCGCAGCGGGCACGGUCCAGUGCUUCGGGCGGAAGAAGACGGCCGUGGCCGUGGCCUACACCAAGCCUGGGCGCGGGCUGAUCAAGGUGAACGGCGUCCCGAUCGAGCUCAUCCGGCCGGAGAUGCUCCGCCUCAAGGCCUUCGAGCCCAUCCUGCUGGCGGGGCGGUCCAGGUUCAAGGACAUCGACAUGCGGAUCCGCGUCAGGGGCGGCGGGAAGACGUCGCAGAUCUACGCCAUCCGCCAGGCCGUCGCCAAGGGGCUCGUCGCGUACUACCAGAAGUACGUUGAUGAGGCCGCCAAGAAGGAGGUCAAGGACAUCUUCGCCCGCUACGACCGUACCCUCCUCGUCGCCGACCCCAGGCGCUGCGAGCCCAAGAAGUUUGGCGGUCGCGGCGCCCGCGCCAGGUUCCAGAAGUCUUACCGUUGAGCGCUUGCUUGCCUGCGCUUGCCGGACUGUUGCCUGUGUGUUGUCCCAAUCAUCGGAGCUACUUAUCUGCUUCUAUAUCUAGCUGUUUUACCUUCAUCUUUAGACUUUUUAAGUUUUGUCCCGAACGUUUUUGACAUUGUGAUAUGAAUGUGAGAAAUUUUGAAGACUACCUCUGAAGUUUUGUUUUGUUUUGUUUUGUUUGUUAACUGUGUUAAUGAAUUUAUAAUAUAUUUGGCAUAAAUUUGUGAUA